CGACAUUGCUAGGGCGGAGACCACCAGUUUGAAUUAUCUCAAGACUCACGAGGCUAAUAUCGCCCUCUUAAACUCAGGCAAUAAGGCAAUGCAUGGGAGUAGCUUUUAGGCCCCCACACGGGUCGUCCAUUCUUUCGGGUUAGCGCGAGCUGUGCCUGACUGCAGCUUAACACAGGCUUGGGCUGAGUCCUGCUCAGCAACACCGAUACAGUAUAUUUCAUGCUAACGCCCUAUCACACAAUCAUUUCCGCAUUAUCCUUUCCGUGGUACAAUGUCUAGCCCUGGCCCUGGGAAGCACACAUCCGAUUUGUGGAAACAAGCCUAUGAAGCACUCAACGAUGACGACAAAGGUAGAGAAAGAUUACAAAAGCUCAACGCCAUAGUCAAGCAAGAACUCGGCAAAUCGAAAAUCAAACUACAAUCCGACGACGGAUAUCGCGAGCUCCUUGGAAUGAUCCAGAGGAAGCCACGCAAGUUAGAGAGCAGGAAAUCUACCGAGAAGAUUGGGACCGUCUGCAGUAGCAUGAUGAAGAUCGAGGACAUCGUUGCAACUGGUGCCAAUAUAGGAGGGCGUUAUGUCGCCAUCCCGGCGGCGGCGUUGUUCUCUGCGUUUGCUAUGAACGAGAUAUACAUGACCGAGAGAGCAGCCAUAUUCGAAGUUGCAGAGACCGUUGCAGGCUACGUUGUUCUGAACAAGAAAACCCAAGACUGGAUGGCCGUUCGAACAACCGACGAUGUCGACAUGCGCGAGCUGAAGGAGAGCCUACAAUCAGUCUUCAUAAGCUUGUACAAAGCAAUCUUCUUCGUAUCGGUACACCUUAUGCUGUCUUUUAACGGCGACUUCCAGUGGCUCAAGAACGUUGCAAAAUACUGCGACUGGGCGGGCCAACUCGAGACGUUAAACAAACGACAACAUCGCGUAUCGUUGUUCAUGCAUUCGAAAGAGUGGCAGGAAGCCAGUAAUCCGCCCAUAAAUAGAGCGCCACAUAAGCGAGAUGUGGAGAAAAUCAUGGGUCCUGGACCGCAUAAUCCACUCCAUUGGGCAGCCGCACUCGGUGUUCCUGACCAAAUCAUAUUUUUGGUAGUUACAGAAGAACGAGUACCCAAUGAAUGCGUUAAUUAAGGCCGCAAAACUGGACAGCAGCGCACUUGGCUACAAAAUAAGGGCACACGAAGAUCCUGAAGACCCUGAUAACGGUUUCCGGUAUCGAUCUCUUCAUAAAAAAUCGUGAAGCGCGUACACCGUUACACAUCGCAGCGAUCUACGAUCGCAGGUGGGCCGCAAAAAUUCUCCUCGACAGGAGCUCAAAGCUCCUCGGAACUCGGGACAAGUGGCAUCGCACUGAUUUUGUCAUCGC